AUGUUGACAGCGAAGGACUGCCCAGUAGAUCCCGCCAACCACCUUUGUCGAAUCUGCCAGCUCUGUCAACAGUCCGUGAGGUUCCAGGGUCUGGGCAGCCACCUGAAAGGGUGCAACAAGCGAGUUGAAGAACAACGGAAAACGGCUGCCUUUCUACGAGCUCUCCGAGCGGAACUACAAGUCAGCGCUCCCAGAGAAAUUCCAAGUCUGAAUCCCCAAGCCGAUCCUCAUGGAACAGAACAAUAUCCUCCGGACGACUCAGAACUUGCGCAAGUUGCGGACGAACCUCUACCUAUUAUCAACGAUGGCGAUACUCUGCCCAACGAUGGCGAUACUCUACCCGAAGCACCACAGCCCGAAAAAGACGAUAUCAAACGCGAAUUUCAUCCACACAGCGGCUUGCCGACCCAAUACAUCGCUCUCAAUACAUACAUCCAGCUGGAGGCAUUGGGGGCAACAAGCCGACCACCACCAGUCUCUGAACCGUGGUUACCAUUCGAUACACGACUGAAUUACGAGUUUGCCGACUUCGCGAACACAAACAUGCUUGACAAGAAGGCAGUCAAUGCUUUGAUAUCGCUCAUCAAUCGUGUUGCUGCGAGCCCAGCCCAAUUCACGGUCAAGAACUACGACGACCUGAAUAAGAGAUGGGAGCAGGCAUCUCAACUCUGUACAAGUUUCAAGGAGUAUACAGUCGAAGUGGAAUACAAAGGGCAACCAAGAACAUUUGAGAUGCACGCUCGUCCUUUGUGGGACUGGAGCCUCGACUUGGUGCAAGAUCCUCGGUUGGCUCCAUACUUCUUCUGGGAUGCAGAGCGACGAUUUCGAUUCGACGGGACAUCAUGGGUUCCGUUUUACACCGAGCCAUGGACUGGAUCAGCCUUUUGGGAUGCACAGUCUGCUUUAGACUUCAACCCCGACUACAAAAUACUACCGUUCAUCCUUUACGCCGACAAGGCCAAGCUUUCCACCUUCGGUACCCAGAAAGGAUACCCGAUCAUCGCGCGCCUUGCAAAUGUUACUGUUGGUAUCCGCAAUGGCACUGGCUGGGGAGGAGGACAAAUCGUAGGAUGGCUUCCGAUUGUCGAUGAAGAUGCAAACGAGUCGGGGAAACCAGGUUUCACAAAUUUCAAGAAUGCGUCUGGGUUCGAUGUGGGGACGGCAAGAUGCGCAAAACUAUUUCCUAUGAUCCUGAUACUUGCGGCUGACUACGAGGAAGCUGCUGUUAUGGCUUUGAUUCGGGGUGUUCGAGCCCUGUAUCCUUGCCCUAUCUGUUUGGUCAAGGCAGAAGACCUCUCUCGGCUUGAUUUAGCGGCUCCAUUGCGAUCAACAGAAGACUCUGAAGCGGUCUAUCAUAAGGCUGCUUCUUGCAAGACUGUCGAGCAGCGGGAGGACGAAUUGAAAGCUGUCGGUCUUCGUAAUGUUGAGGUAGUGUCUGCUAUCCUUUCCGUUCUGUCCUCUCUUGAGCUCAAUUGCAGAAUGUUUUCUGGAAAGUUGGACUGUCCGACCCUUAUCACGCACUCUCUUUCGACCGGCUUCAUUCACAUCAUAGUGGUCUGUGGGGCGACCAUCUCUUCGGCCAACUCAAACAACAUCUGA